GUCACCCAGCCGGCAAUCGUCAACGUGACAUAUUUUGACAUAAACAGGACGUUUUCUUAGCAAACUUGCGCUUCAAUUCCGCUAUGGCUCCAAUCAAAAAUUUAUCUGCAGCACCCGGCGUUAAUGCGAUUCUCCUGGGGCCUCCCGGAUCAGGGAAAGGGACACAGGCUCCACUACUUGCAGAAAAAUAUCAAGCAUGUCAUUUAUCAACAGGUGACAUGCUAAGAGCUGUUGUGUCAUCAGGGUCUGAGCUAGGAAAGCGAGUGAAGCAGGUCAUGGACGCAGGAAAGUUGGUUUCAGAUGACCUCGUGGUUGAGAUGAUCGAUGAUAACCUGAACAAGCCGGAGUGUAGCAGGGGAUUUCUGCUGGAUGGUUUUCCCCGCACAGUGAAUCAGGCAGAGGCUCUAGACCAGUUGUUACAAAAACGAAAGACAACCUUGAACUCAGUUAUUGAGUUCAAGAUAGACGAUUCUCUCCUGGUUAAGCGAAUCUGCGGGCGUCUGAUACACAAAUCUAGUGGGCGUUCGUACCAUGUGGAAUUUGCACCCCCAAAAAAGCCCAUGACAGAUGAUGUAACAGGUGAGCCUCUUAUGCGUCGCUCAGAUGACAAUGAGGAGGCUUUGAAGACUCGAUUGAAGUCCUACCAUGACCAAACUCGUCCACUUGUGAACUACUACAGCAAGCGCGGCAUCCACACCGCUGUCGACGCAUCACAGAAACCAGCCACAGUGUUUGAAGCCAUCAGGUUGGCCUUUGAAAGGACUGCUGGAGUGCGCUUGAGGUCUAGCAAUUAGUUAUAACUCUUCCCUUUUUUGUUGGGAUUUCACACCGCUGUCGACGCAUCACAGAAACCAGCCACAGUGUUUGAAGCCAUCAGGUUGGCCUUUGAAAGGACUGCUGGAGUGCGCUUGAGGUCUAGCAAUUAGUUAUAACUCUUCCUUUUUUUUGUUGGGAUUUCACCAAAUGCAAUGACUGUACUUACAUUCUUUUCAAUUUAUGCAAUGAUUCUUUUGCAGAUUUAUCAAUUGGAAUAUUUAUUUCCAAACAUAUUUUUAAUGAAUUUAAUUAGAUAUUUUAAGAACAUACCAUUUUUUGUUUUACUAGUCUUUGUAUAUAUUCAUAAUUUCACACAGGUUGUUUUCAUUGAAACCAUUCUUAUAAAAUGUGACUGUUUAUAAAUGCAGCUUCAAACCAUCUUUGCUGACUAAUUUAAUUAUUUGGAAAUACUAUUGAACUGUAUUGAACUGUAUUUUUACCAAAUUCAUUUUUUGUAAUAUGUUUUGUCUGGUACAAAAUUGUGAAUAUUAUAAUAUGUUUAUUGUUGGUUGUUUGAAGGUACACAAGUCAUGUAGAAGCGAAUGUUAAAACAAUUAUUAUUAAUCAUUUAACUAGGCAUCUUUUUAACAAUUCAUUUGUUUCAUACAAGUCAUGAAGCUUUAAGAAAGCCAAAUUAUCAAAGUAGAAUUCUAAGAAAGUGAGUAUUAUUUGUUCUUAGGCCUAAAACAAAAAUAUGUCUGUUUCGGGUAACCCGACCCAUAGCUAUAAAAAUGCGCCGACCCUAACUAUUUUUUUCCGUUUCUGAGCAAAAAAAAUAUUCGUUAGCGAAUAGAGAGUUACAAAGGGCGAAUAAUGCAGAUUUUAAUCAGAAUUAUUGUUUAUAUGAUAAAACAAAGUCAGGCAAUGACAGUAAUGUAGGAAAGACUGCCAUGUGCAAGAAAACACGACAGAUUUUGAAAGAAAAAAUAAAAAAAUAAAAAAUCCCUACCUACCCUACAUAGAAAUUUUGGGAAGGUUACCCUAAACAAACAUUUUUUUUUUUUGGCCUUACCAACCUCAGGACUGGUCUUUGCCUAACAUUCCUUCCCAUAUAUUCAUUGUUUAACCUGAGAUAUUAUAAAGUAUUCUCAUUUGCUCAUGUUAAAAUUCCCAUACAUACUAGAAGUUAUAGUACUGUUGAAGAUUGUUAUGUUUGUAAGAUCAUCACAUUUAAAGUGACACUCUUAUUCAAAAUGAAUAUACAUGUAUAACAAACAUCAAUUUUGACUGAUAACUUACUUAAUAAUGUAUUUAUGGAACAUACUCAUUACUGAUAAAAAGAUUGUAACCGUGUAUUUAAUAGUAGAAAGAGCAAAAUAUUAAAUGAUUAGUAAAUGCUUAAAGAUUUACUGUUGUCUAUUAUAGUCUCAUUAGGUAGAAAUACUGUGUUUUAUGCUCAUUUCUUUCAAAUUAAACUCAGUAUCCUUCAUAAGAACCAUUUUUUUUUACAUUUAUUUGUCCUUUUGGGAAUUUUAAACCAAUUUUAUCAACUGUGGUAAAUCUUAUUUGGGAGUAAGAGUGCAUCUUUGAAUGAGAACGUUUGUGGUACUUAUCUGUUCAGCCAGUGAUCAAUGAUGAAGUGAUUAUACUUUUAAAUGGACAAGGUAAACCUCUUACUCUAGUUCUUAACUGCUUGGCAUUAAAACUUUCAAUAAGCUCUGAUAUAUAAAAUCAAACUUACACAUGCCCUGAAAGUAAAUUACAUGUGCAUAGCACAAAGGCUUGUGGGCAUUUUGACAUCUGUUUCACCACCGUAUUCAUUGUAGUGUGGUUAUAUUGUAUUAUAUUUUGUCUCAUGGUUAUACAGGCUGGAUAUUAUUUGUAUCUAAAGGCUUUAUGCCAAAAGAGGUAACUUAAUUUUGGACAUUACUUUAUAUGGAUUGUUAUAAUCUUAAGUCAUGUAAAGAUAAAAUAACAAAUAAGGUUCAUUGUUUAGUAAACAACAAUAACUAAUGUUUAAUUUGUUUGUAUUAAUUUUAUAUUAUAUAUAAAAUGCCUUAGCUAUUAUGGCAAAGAUUGCUCUUGCUUAAGUUACAUUAACAUUAUAAUGGUAAUAUAAUAUUUAUUUCUUGAAAGACAUUUUGCUCUGUUAAAAAAAUUGGGGUUACUUUUUAGAAUAUUAGUACUUAAAGCUGCACUCUCACAGAUUGACCGUCUUAUAUCACUGGUUCUCAGACAUUUACGCAAAAAUUGGCUCAUUCUAAGACAAAAAAUAAAAGAUGUUGUCAAACAGUAUAUCUGUGAGAGUGGAGAUUUAAAAAUCUUCAAUAUACAAGAGAUACAUGUAAUUCUGGUAAUUUGGUAACUUAAACAAUUGCAAGCUUACUUCAGCUUACUCAUUGCACUGUGUGUGGUUUAUAUUGAAUAGAAUAUUUUUGUAAUGCCUUUUCUCAUAAACUAGAUGUCCCUAUGUGUGUUCCAAAGAUGUGUAUUGCUGUUGAUAGUGGAUAUAAAUGCAAACUGUUCUACACUGGGGUUUUAGACAGGGUUUUUUAAAAAAAUGGACCGGGUGCUUGGGUGGAAAGGGCAUAUUGUAUAGCGCUGUCAAUUAUUUGAAAAUUAUGAAUUUGAUAGAAAAUGAUAAUUAUGUGUUUUUAUUGUGUUAAUAUGAGGUUUCAUUUGCCAUCUAUGUCAAGUUUGUUUGUAUCAUAAUCAUAUUAUAAGUUUUAAUUGAAACAAUAAAUAUAUUUGUCAGUCUUAAGCAUUUAAUUCUAUGAUGGAAAUAUUUGUCAGUCUUAAGCAUUUAACUAUAUGAUGGAACCAUUUUUUAGUCUUAAGCAUUUAAUUCUAUGAAGGUAGAGGGGUACACAUGCUGGCCUUCAUGAGUACCGAAUGAAGCUACCAACAAAAGAGCAAGGUGCAAAACCCUUUCAUAAGCCUUUAACUAAAACACAAAUUUUAUACAUCAUAUUUUAGUGCGACACUUUACAACUUUUAUAACAUCAUUUGAUUCAAUAUCAUACGAUUUUUGCGGGAGAUUCUAAGAUUAAAACGUCAGCUUUUUAUAAGCAUCCACCUUAAUUGCUGCCACAGAAAUAGAUUCAACUUUCUAUACCAUCAUGAUAAUAAAAUAGGAAAACCUGCAGACUUUGUAGAAAUUUGGAUUUGUAUCACAUUCUCGAUUGUAUAUCUCUAGCAUAUAUUUGCAAGUGAUCUGUAGUGUGUAAAAAGGAGGAAAUAAACAAAUGCAUAUAGA